CCAGCGGCCGCCGAGGGUGCCCGCCCAGGCGACCCGCCCUCCCGGCCGCGGCGCGGACGGACCGACGGACGGCGCUGCGAGCAGGAGGCGUCCGGCCAUGUUCAGCCGGAGCUCCCGGAAAAGACUCUCCAGCCGCUCGGUGAGUGUCCCCCGCUCGAGCGGGGCCGAUCGCCGGGCACCUCCAGCCGGCCGCGAGCGCCCGCGCGCAGCCCCACUGCGCCCCGCGGCUGCGCACCUGUGGCCCCAGUUGACCGGACUGGGGCGGAUAGAGCGAGGCCAGCCAUGUAACGCCUGUGGUGACCAGUGCCCUGGGUUCGCCUUGCAUAAAUGGAGGAUGGUACCCGAGUCAUAGGGAAAUGCGGUGGUUACUGUGGGAAAUGCACUCCAUCCUCUGGUACUGGCCUGGAGGUGCGAGUUUUAUAGCUAAGGUGCUUUGAAGAGGAAGCUAUUAUGGGAUGGAUGAAGGAUAGUAAUGCAAUACCUCCACCUUAAUUUGGGUGCAUGUGUGUGUGUGUGUGUUUAUGUGUGACUUGUAUGCUUGUGUGUGUGUAAAUGUGUGUACAUAAACAUAUAUACAUAUAUACACAUACAUAUAUGCACAUAUAUGUGUGUAUGUAUAUAUGUGGACUAUCCUAAUGAUGUAAAGUUUAAUAUUUAUGUUUGAAAUUAUUUAUUGUGAUGUAAUAUUUUUGUACGUAAAAUGAUUCUAUUAUGACUGCCUUUGCAUGUAGUAAUAUGACAAAGUGAUCCUUCAUUAUCACGGUACACUAUUGUUUACUUUUCAUCUGUAAAUGUUUUAUUGUGACUUUUUUAAAAUGAAUUUUUUUAAAACAAUCUAGCCAUCAUCAAGGUGCUAUAAGAGUUGUAUAAAAGGUAUUUUUGGCAUUUCUAGGCAAGUAUCAGCCAAUAAGUGUGUUAGUGAUGUCACAGAUUGUACCAACUAUUAACUAUGUUAAAUAUGUAUUCAGUUUCAUGUGAUCUCUGGGAAAAAAAUAUGCUGCCUUGGUGCUAAUAUUAUAUGUAUUUAAAUGAUCAUCUGACUCAGAAAUAUAAACACUUUUAAUGAAAGGGAGGAACAGAGAAGGACAAUUUCCAGUGCACAGAAUCACUUGGAUGCAAUAAGACCAGCUCUUUACCCUUAUUUUUGGAUAUGCCUUUUUUGGAAGAGACUUGGACUUUAUCCUUAUUGUUGUUAGUGUUGUUAAUAUUCGUUGCUUCAGCCCACGGUGCCUUGGUCUCUCUACAAUCAAAUGGAGGAUCCCCCAAGCAGCUUCAUUACAGAGUGAUAUUGGGAAAGUGAGAUCUUCUCACCAUUUUGCCAAGAUACUCUAAAAUGACAUCCAAGUUUACCAGUAGAAAGACAGAGGAUGCACAGAAUGGGCGUGACCUUCAGCUCACGAGCACACCUGGAGAAGUUCAGAACCAGGUUCUGAAUCAUCACGAUUGCCUUUUGCAUGAAAACAUUGGCUGCUGAUGUGACUUCUCUUCAGGCCAUGAGCCUAACACCCUGCGAGUUUUCAUGGCCGCUGCAGUAAUGGGCGUUUGUGUGAAGAAAUGAACUGUGGAGUACAAAAUGCUUUGAGUCUUUCCAAUCGCUCAUUAAUUCACUUUUUUGUUACUUCUUUCCAAAAUGGAAGUGCUGAAGCCAUGGUCUUUCUGCCCUUCCAAACUAUGAAGGGAAGCCUUGCCAGUGGCCCAUGGGAGACACUUGGUUUGAGAAACCCUGCCCACUUCCAAAGACCAAAGAGAUUAGGGAAAGCCUGGCAGUAUUCUCCAACUCCAAGCAAGCUCUAGAGUGCUCCAGGAAAAGUUAUAUUCAGUAUAUGAAUAAGUGUUAUUCUCCAUUAUUAAUGUGUUCUGAAACUAUAUUAUGAAUAAAUACAUCACCACACCCAAACCA